AUGACACGCAUGUUAUAUAGUCUUUAUGUUCUAGUAUUACUUGUUGCUUUAUGUUCUCAGUAUUUACCAGUAUCCAUUGCUACCUCUAAAUACCAACUUAAAAAUUCAAUAUUAAGAUCAAAAAAAUUAGGUUUAAACGGUCUCAAGAAGUGUGAGCCUUUUUGGUGGAAUAAUCAAAAAAGUUAUCAAAAAUGGACCGAAAGAGAGGAAUGGUGUACAAAUGAUUCAGAAUAUCAUUCUUCGCGGAAAUCCAAAAUUUGGUCAAAUUGGAAAAAAUUUGCACAAUGCCAAUGCGAAUCAUUUCAUUGGGAUAUAAGGAAUCCCGCUGGAAUUCUCGUCUGUUACCAAAUUGCAUGGUUUAAUAAAAUCACUGGAAGGUUUGUUGGAGAACUUACAGUUUUCAAAUUAGACUCUAUGAACAAGUAUAAAGGGAAGUCUUCACAUGUAGCAUUUAAAUUUUCUGAAUGCAACGUUAAAGUUUCCAAAAAAAGGUCCCAUUUAAAGCUUGAUUCUUCUGGAUUUUACUAUGUUACUGUACCUACGUUUGCUUGGAAAAAAAAUGGAAUGAAAAUUCAAAAAUUUUAUGUCCAUGGCGAAAUUUCAAAAAAUGAAUUGAUGAAUAAGAAGAUAUCGGCGAAGAUGCUUAGCCCUUCAAGAUUUAAGGUUAUCAUUGACUUAAAAUUUGAGUUCGACCUUGAGAACAAUUACGAUGCCGCAAACUUGCCAUUACCAAAUUAUCUGCCGAAUAAACCAUUUUCUCCUUUUGUGGGCGGCUGCUCAUCUUACCCUGGUAUGGACUACAAAAAGCAUAAGUCUGGUACUCGCACCACAAUUUUGCCGGACAAUCCCACUAAACCUACCGAUAUCCCCAAUAAAGAUACCCCGAUCGCAACAUCCCAGCCCACUGAUAUCUCUAAUACCCCAACGACAACCCAAACACCAACCUCAACGACAACCCAAACGACAACCCAAACACCAACCCAAACACCAACCCCAACCCCAACCAGUGUUUCCAAUCCGUCUACCGAUCCUAAUCCUAAAGAUGUUGCUGCCACAAUUACAUCAGAUCCUUCACCUAAACCGACUACGAAUAUUACAAAUAUAGAUUCACCCGACUCUUCACUUGACUCUUCACCGAAACCGGUAAAUGCUGCUGACCAAAUUGCCUCAACCAAUACUCCACUACCAGGGUCAACUUUAGGUGUAGUUCCGAUAGGUUUGUCGAUAUUCGGGGUGAUAAUUUUAAUUGGUGCCGCGUUUAUUUUGUAUUCGAGAUAUCGAAAUCGUAAAUGGAAAAGACAAUACCGUCGGAGACAAGCCUUGCGAAACGAAACUCUGGCUACUGCCCCUGGAUUUAAUGUUGGUGGUGAUGGUAGUAAUGCUUAA